UCGUUGCGUCUUUCUGAGCUGAGUGCGUGAAACAGUGCGCGGGAAGUGACACGCGUCGCGAGACACCGGCUCUCGUUGAACGAAAUCAUCAAGCGGACUGUCGAGCUGCCUUCGGACGACCAGUUGUAAUUCAAACGGUCAGCGAAGGUGAGUCGUUCAACGCGAUCAUGGACGCUCGCUGAGAACGUCGCUCGAGCUCCUUUCCGUUGGUGCGUCUUCGACAACCGAUGACAGCGGACUUGUCAGCGCGACAGUUAACGCGUGACGUACGACGCUUUGUGACGGCUUUAUAGGUGGAGCGGGGCAUUGUGAGGCCGAGAACGAACGAUCCCCUUUCGUGGAAGGAAUCGCGCGAGCAUUGUGAACGUCGAGUCAUUUGCGCGCAACACUGUGAGACACACCGGUGCGCGGUGACGUGCUUGUUCGACGCGACCCGCGGACUGCGGCACUUCCGACAAUAGUGACGAGGGACAGGAAUCGUUGAGAGGAUUUCGACGGAUCCGUGACUCGCGUCGACGGGCGAACGCGCGCGCUUGAGAUCGCGACAUCGCGUAUAUACGCCGCAUCCGGGAUUGUUCCUCGAGUAUGUGCGCUACGGCGGGAUUCUCGUGCUUCCUGGUGUCCGCGCGCGUCUCAUACGAUUGACUUUUGUGUAUCGCGUCUUGUGCGUUUCGCCGUGGGACAACAUGGCACGCAGGGAUCACCGCCAAUUAUGCACGCUGUUCUUCCUGCUCCUCUUCGCGGACAUCUUGAAAGGUGGAAAUGGCGAUGUCGAGGAUUCGGAUACCGACGUGCAGGACUACAGCACGGACGAGGACUACAACGAUGUUUUUGACUCGACCACUAACGGAACCGACGUGGACGCUGCAUCCGGCACGAAAAGUGGUACUUUAAAAUUCGUAAGGACUCUGACAAACAUCUCGAAGGAUGCCGGCGGCAUUGCUCAUAUGCGAUGCGAAGUCGUGGGCGAUCCACCUCCGACAAAGAUACGAUGGUACAAGAAUGAAGCACCAUUAGAAGAGAACCGACCGAAAAUCACCAUUAGGAAAAUACACGCACAAAUGCACGAACACGCGGCGAAGAACUUGGCAGGAAGUCGAUUAAAAAUCACAAAUUUGGACGUUUCUGAUAUUGGUUUCUAUACUUGUCGCGUCACCAACGGUAAAGAUCAAAUCCAGAGCGAAGGAACCCUGCGAGUUGAUUCCUCAAAGAAAUGGCCAGCCCCCAUGCAUCCGGAACACUCUAUGGGACAGCCAUCGGGCGACAAAUUUUCCACGGGAAUGUCCGGUACGGGCUUCAUCGAUGGCAUGGGACAUGGUGACACGUUGGACAUCUCCGUUGGAAAUGGGAUGUCUACGCCUCACAUCUCUCACUUGGCGUCCGCGAAUCCGUUCAAUAUACUUUCGCCGAGUCCACAGCCAACCAGCUCACAAUCCAGCACUAUGGAUUUCAAUACAAACAGCGGCCUUACUAAUGGCAAUAUACAAUUCCCUCCUAAUGUGAAUUUCGACGAGAUGUCGAGCAUAAGUUCAGUUUCAGGCAGAAAGGACAAUCAUAAAGGAACCUGCGAGGUCUAUAUAGGAAAAACCUGUGCACAAUUUGUAGGAAAUCAAUCGGUUUAUAUUAUACAUCCCAUGACACAAAAAAUGCUCGAGGAGAAAUUAAUGAAGGCCUUUCAAGUUAUCAAUUUCUCCAACGAGCUCUCGUCAAAUUGCGAAGGGUACGCAAAGCCGUCUCUUUGCUAUUCCGCCUUUCCAAUAUGCCGCGACCCAUCAAACACUCAGAAACCGAAGAACGCGGAAGCGAGCACGCAACUCUUUAACCUUCUGAAUUCCAAGCAAGACGAUUUCUUGGACGACGGAGACCGCGACGACACGGAUGAUUUUUCGAGACUGCAUAGCGUUCCCAAACGUAGUCCUACUUUGGGCCCAAUUUUCGACUUCAUGUCCAAUGAAGAUGGGAAGUCGAGCAACAAGAAGAUAAUUAAUCAGAGUUACGGCGACACGCGAGCGUCCAGUAGAAACGAGAUUAAUCGUAAAUUACGAAGGAUAUGCCGCGAGGAAUGCGAAAUGCUGGAGAAUGAGUUGUGCAGGAAGGAAUAUGCGAUAGCGAAGAGGCAUCCGUUGAUUGGGCAUCAAGUGCCUUUAGUUGAAUGUUCUGACUUACCACUGGAAGGGACAACUGAGGCUCGUGAUUGCUUAACGCUUGGGUUAUCCGUAGCAAACAAUGUGCAAGAAAAUGAUUAUUGCUACUGGGGUAGUGGGAAAUCCUAUCGAGGAAUUGUAAAAACGAGCGUCAGUGGAAGGCCGUGUUUACGGUGGUUUCAUCACUUCAACCUUCCGAUUUCUGAUUAUCCCGAAUUAGCUGGACGUCAUUCUUAUUGCCGGAAUCCUGGGGGCAAAGAAAUUCAACCAUGGUGUUACGUCGAUGUCAAUAACAGAAUGCAAAAAGAGUUUUGCAAUAUACCUAAAUGUGUUGAGAAUUUAUGGAUUUAUGCGGUCGUUGGUUUUGUACUAACGGGAGGAUUUGUUAUUAUAUUAAUUUGUUAUUGCUGCUGCUACAGAAGUAGAAAAUCCAGAAGGCAAAUGAAUCAUUUACCAUCCAAUAAAAUGUUAACUAGUAUCCAGUGUGAUAAAAACAUAUAUGAUGGAAGGAGGAGCACGACGCAACCUAUGGAAAUGAGUUCUCUCUUGGCAGGGCCUGGUAAUACGACACCGGGCACUGGCACCUUAAGCAGUGGCAGUAGUAGAACUUCUAAUAAUAGGAUACCGCAAUUUACUACAAAUAAUAUCGUGCUCUUGCAAGAACUCGGUGAAGGUGCUUUUGGAAAAGUUUACAAGGGAGAAUUGCAAACCGGAAAUAAGUGUGAGCCACCCAUUUAUGUAGCGGUGAAAACACUGAAGGAAAAUGCAACUCCCAAGACUCAGAGCGACUUUAAAAGAGAAGUCGAAUUGAUGACGGAUCUACGGCAUCCGAAUAUCAUUUGUUUGCUCGGUGUGAUAUUGAAAGGGGAACCAAUGUGUAUGCUCUUCGAGUACAUGACUCAGGGAGAUCUGCAUGAGUUUCUAAUCUGUCACUCCCCGAGAUCGGAUGUUCCAUUAAAUAACAGUGGCGGAAAAAUUCUAGAGCAACCGGAAUUUUUGCAUAUUGCUUUACAAAUUGCUUCCGGCAUGGAAUAUUUGGCUAGUCAUCAUUACGUCCAUCGCGAUUUGGCAGCGAGAAAUUGCUUAGUAGGCGAUAAUUUAACAGUAAAAAUCUCAGACUUUGGUCUGUCGCGAGAUAUAUACAGCAGCGACUAUUACAGAGUACAAUCUAAAAGUUUACUCCCUGUUCGAUGGAUGCCACCCGAGUCGAUUCUGUACGGUAAAUUUACUACAGAGUCGGACGUAUGGAGUUUCGGAGUUGUACUCUGGGAGAUCUACAGCUACGGUUUGCAGCCAUAUUACGGAUACAACAAUCAGGAAGUUAUAGACAUGAUUCGCUCGCGGCAACUAUUGCCGUGUCCCGAAGACUGCCCGACGAUGAUUUACAGUCUGAUGAUUGAGUGCUGGCACGAGGUGGCGAAUCGUAGGCCGCAAUUCCCGGAAAUUCACCAUCGACUGCAUAAUUGGUACAUAAAUCAAACCUACUUGAGCGACUUCUGCAACGAGUCUAUCACCAGUUACUCCGGCAGUAGUCACAAGAGCACAAAUAAGACCAAUUCGACGCAACUGUCAGCGCCGAUAUAUAAAAGCGAUCAAAAAACAGGCAUGGAGACCAUGUGUAAUCUCAACGAUCACAAUAACGCGAUAAAGAUGCUACCACCGAUAAAUACUUUUCCGAAUUCUAAUUGCGUUGAGCAGAGACCAAAUUGCGGUUUUAACACGGAACAUGGAACGCCGAUAAAAACGCCUAAUUAUCAGAAUCCCGCUACGAACGUCAAUCUGAACGAUAUCUACGAUGACAAACAGUGUUGCUCGCCAAAGUUGAGUGGCGCGAAGAAAGUUUUACCUGCGGUAGUACCUCAAGCGAGUGGGCCCAAGUCGAACGUGGCCAGCAACGGUCCGAGACCGAUGCAAAACGGCGCGCAAUUGGUUGUCAGGUUACCGGAUCCCAGUAAAGUUACGACUGAAACGAGGGUAUCAAAGUGAACGACUUUAUUCACGAAUACGAAUGAUUCAUCUUCGAUCAAAUGAAACAUAGUUUUUGAUCGCUAAUGGGAACAUUAAAGCUCCUUACCAGUCACAUUCUCAACACCAAGGAUUUGGCAAGCGUGUAGACCGCCAUCGAAACAGGCACUGGUGCCAGUUUUUUAAUCGAAAAGAGGAAAAAGAAGAAACUGUCGAAUGCGUACGUUCGACUCGUAUAUUUGCCGAGAUGAUUUGUCGACGUCGACGUGAAAACGUAUGUUUAUAUGAUACUUCGGAUAUUUUUUUUAUAGUACUAAACGAAUAGAGUAAAAACAGAGCUGCUUUAAUAACUAAUCAUUGCCAUAUACAUACAUUUAUUUAUUUUUACAAAUAUACACGUAUUUUAUAUUGCCUUUUAUUUCGGAUCACGUAUAUAAUGUUUCCUCACGAUCUAUCGGAUGAUUAUUUUGGACGGUAUUGAACAAAUAAGAUAGAUACAGAGAGAGAGUAACUAUAAUACUUAAUCACUGCCAUAUAUAUGCAUUUAUUUAUUGUUAUAAAUAUACACGUAUUUUAUAAUAUAUAAUAUUAUCGUUUAUUUUGGAUGGUAUAUAUACAUAUAUAUCUGUAAUGUUUUACACCUAAUUUAAUACAAUCUAGUUUAAUACAUACGUGGAACAUAGAACCGAAUGUCGUGCUCUAACGAUUCCAUUCGUGACUAUAAUAAUAUAACACAAUAGAACGAAAUUUUUAAGACGUGCUCCUUUAUUUUUACGAAAAGAUAGAUAAUCAUUGAAACAUUAUAUUAGCGAAUAUAUGUACAAUUUAUACGUUUAUUCGUAAGAUAUAUAAAACGAGCGAGAAACAAUUCUAUUUCACAAGGAAGAAAAAUAAAUUCUCUCUUAUAGAACACAAUAUCAACGAAUGUUGAUAUCUGCAUUAAAACGAGUGUUUAAUCAUGUGCAUGCUCUGUCCAAAGAGUAUAAUGUAUGGAAUAUAUUGUUAUGCUCUAUAUAAGGCAUACCCCUUAUAAAUCAUGUUUUCAAAUAAUCUUUACAGAACUGUUCAAAAAGAUUCGUAUAUGCGGGCAAUCGGAUAUAUAUUGUAAUAAGCGAAAGUGAGAAAAAAGAAAGAAAGAGCGACAGAGGUGUGUAUGAGUGCGUGUGUGCAUGUGUGUAUUUUGUGAAUAUAUAUUGAGAUGUUUUCUAAAAAGCAAUUUUUAUAAUCAUAUCGUAUGCCAAAACCCGGAUAGCGAAUAUUGAUUGUUAAUAAAAAAACAUUCAACUUGUACAUUUUUAUAAUAAUCGCAUAUAUAUAUCUUUUAUCUGUAAAUCUUUGAGGUCACUCUUUUAGCCGAAAAUGUAAUUUUAUUGCUGCAAUUGUGCUACAUGAAUUGAUUGGAAUAUAUUCUAUAUCUGUAAGCGUAAAGAAACCAAUAUGCAAUGAGAAAUAUAUAAGAAUCAAUUUAUUUACUAUAUGUUUGUGGCUUCGUUGUCAAACGCGCAUUGUCAAUAUUUAUAGAUAAUUAAUGUCAACGUAAUUGUAUCACCGCUAAUGAGAGAUAAUUUACGCAAAUAAUUACUAAUCUUUUAUUUAUUCGUAGUAUUCUUUGACCUCAAAGACGCAAACGACUGAGAUUUGAUACCCCACGAACACUCAGCGAUGUUAAAUGGAAAAUUUUAUCGGCGUUUGUGUAUAAAUUAUAUGUUAUUUGUGUAUGGGGCAUAUAAUAUACAUUCUAACAGGCGCUAAAACAUUGUCGCUCGAUUUGACACUGAAUCGAGUAACACCCUAUGAUGAACUUUGCGAAAUUAAUGCCCACUUUAAAGAGCGAGAUAGCGAAUACUAGCGCAGAGCGAUAGGAAGUGAAAACGUAGAAUUAAAGUAUUCAAAGGGGGAGACUGUAUUAUACUUUUUAUAAUUUUGUAUUAAUAAAAAAGAAACAUAAAGAACAUGUUCCGUUCGUUGGAGAAAAAAAAGAAAGACUGGACUUAACGACAUCGUCCGGUGAUUUUUACUCCCACGUCCAUUAACUGGACAAUGAUCGGAGAGUGCGCGAUAAGUGCUAUUGAGUUAAAUAAGACUUGUAGAACUGACGAACCUCCGAAUCGAAUUUAUAUCGACUGUAAUCCCGACCGUCUCGAAGGUUUGUCACGGAAACUUAGACUUAAGUUAAUUUAUGUAAACUUCAGCGAAGAAUUAUACACAUUUAAAACUUUAUAUAUUCAGUCAAAUAUAAUAUACAAUUCAUGUUUUUCGUAUAUUACAGAUUGGUCAUUUCUUUCUUC